UGCAUCAUCAAAUCCCAAAACAUUAACGGCCGAUGUUCCAAAUGAUCGGAAAAAUCAAAACCACUGCAUAUGUCCUUCCUUGUACUGCAAAAGUAAUUAGUGAAAAGAAAAAACUAAUAAAGUGCUAUCCAAAUUGCAAUAAAAAAAGCUGAAUCAGUGAGAAACAGUAUAGCACACACCAACACUUUCGCAGAUUGAUUGCUUAGUUCCCAUCUAAAGCAAAAACCCUAGUGGUUUACCUAAUCCCUGAAAGUAAUCCCUUUGCUCUCUUCAUUGAAACCUAAAUGGAGGAUAAAUCUAAUCCCACACUCCAUGUUGGUACUACUGCAUUUCCACUUCCCCAAAAAGGCAGGAGGGAAGACGGGGAUGAGCAAGAGAAUCAAGGAAGUCCCAAAAGGCAGAAGAGAGAUGAAGUUGCUGAGGAGCUCAAGAAUGAGUUUCAGGAGGAUAUCAAUAUCUACGAGGGUGAUAACUCUGAAGAAAGAUAUGAAGAAACAGAAGAGAAAACAAUGGAAGUUUUGAUGGACACCACAUUAGAUGCUCAAGAAUGUGACUCAAAAAAUGUUGAAAGUGAUUCUUCUAGUGAUAGUUCAGAUGACAACAACCAUGAUGACGAUAACUCUGAUUUUAUUGACGAGCCACAUAUGGCUACAUAUCCUUUGAAAAGUUCAGAGAACAGUGAAGAAGAAAUUGAGGAAAAUGCCUCUAAAACUCUGCAAGUAAAUCCUGAAAUGCUAACUACUUUGAAAGAACGAAGUGCCGGAUCAAAGACAAUAUAUACUAAAAACUUAUCAUAUAGUGUGGAACGUGCUGAUCUGGAAGAUCUUUUCAAAGAGUGUGGAGAAAUUGUUGAUGUUCGUCUACAUACAGAUGAUGAAGGGAGGUUUAGAGGCUUUGGUCAUGUUGAGUUUGCGACAGAAGAAGCAGCGCUAAAAGCACUUAAGUUAAAUAAUACAGAAUUAUUGAGAUGUCGCAUCAGAGUUGGUGUAGCUCGAGAAAGGCGAAAAUAUACCCGCAACAGAAGUUUCCAUGUUAAUUAUUUUAGCAACAAAUAUCAAGGUAGUGAAAGAAUUCAGCCGGUGAGAUGUUCAGAGAUUUCAGAAGAUUGUGAGCAAGAAACUGAGGAAAAAGACUCCAAAGCUGUUCAGACAAUUCCAAAAGAUCAAGCUACUUGGAAGGAACAAAAAGCUACUUCGAAGACAAUAUAUGCUAGAAAUUUGUCUUAUAGUGUGGAGAGGGAUGAUAUGGAAAUUCUUUUCAAAGAGUGUGGAGAAAUUGUUGAUAUUCGUCUACAAAGAGAUCAUGAAGGGAGGUCAAGAGGCUUUGGGCAUGUUCAGUUUGCAACUACAGAAGCUGCACAAAAGGCUCUUGGGUUGGAUAAUAAAAAAUGGUUCGGACGAUGCAUCAGUGUUGGCAUAGCUCAAGAAAGGAGUGAAUAUGCCUCCAAUAGAAGUUUUAGCAACUGGAGCAAUUCAUUCAAUAAGCGCGAAAGAAUUGAUCCCAUCAAAAGGACAUGGAGUUCAGAGUCCUGUGAGGAAGAUAUUGAGGGAAAAGCCGUAAAAGAUCCUUGGAAAACUUCUAGAUUGUUGGCUACUCUGAAAGAAGAAAAUGCUUCAUCAAAGACAAUAUAUGUCAAAAACUUGUCAUACAGAGCGGAAAAGGCUGAUGUGGAAAAUUUUUUCAAAGAAUGUGGAGAAAUCGUGGAAGUUAGGCUACACAGAGAUAAUGAGGGGAGGUUAAAAGGCUUUGGACAUAUUACGUUUGCAACAGCAGAAGCUGCACUAAAAGCUCUUGAAUUGGAUAAUACAGAGUUUUUCAGACGUUGCAUUGUAGUUCAAAUAGCUCGAGGAAAGGGUGAACGUACCUGGAAUAGAAGCAACUCAUUCCAAAAGCAUGAAAGAUUUCAGCCCAUGAAGGCUACAGAGCAUUCCGAGGACUGUAAGGAAGAAAUUGAGGAAAAAGCCCACGAAAGUCCUCAUGAAAGUCCUAAAACGCUAGCUACUCUGAAAGAACAAAAUGCUUCACCAAAGACGAUAUUUGUUGGAAACUUGUCACAUGAAGUGGAACAGGCUGAUGUGGAAAAUCUUUUCAAAGAAUGUGGAGGAAUUGCUUAUCUUCAUCCACAUACAGAUCAUGAGGGGAGGCCUAAAGGCUUUGUACAUGUUGAGUUUUCAACGGCUGAAGCAGCACAAAAGGCUCUUAAGUUGAAUCAUACAGAAUUUUUUGGACGUACCAUUACAGUUGAAUUAGCUCGAGAAAAAAAUGAUAACUACAGUAGAAGCAACAACUCAUUCCAGAAGGGUGAAAGAAUUCAAUCUCUAACUGUAUUUGUCAAGGGUUUUGAUACUUCACUCGAGGAAAAAGAGAUAAAAGCUAGCCUGGAAGAGCAUUUUGGUUCUUGUGGAGAGAUUACCAGGAUAUUGAUUCCGAAAAUUUAUGAUUCUGGUGCAUUUAAGGGGUUUGCUCUGGUAGAAUUCAAGGAUGUUGAGAGUGUGAAGACAGCUGUAGAUCUUAAUGAAAGUGAGAUGGGAGGUUAUACCUUGUUAGUUGAGAAAGCAAGGCCUCGACGUGGUGGAAAUGGCUCUAAAAAUGGUGGUGGAUGGCAUUCUGGUGGUGGCUGGCAUUCUUUAUUUUUCUCAUGAACCCAUAUCUAUUUUACUUUUCUACACUUAGCUUUUUGUCUAUUUACUCAAUUACUUAUAAUAAACUCUC